AGACAGGAAGUGUGAAGCACUCUUUCCACCAUCCACCCCCAGCCUGACGCUUUUCAUCACACCGCCUCGAACACAUCUGAUUAAUGUCGCGGUAGUUCUUUAUCACGUCGCUGUCCUUUUCACCGGCCAAUUUCUCGGGUGUCUAGUUCGUUUGUCACCAACCCGCUGCCACUUUGACUUGAUGGUUUGCCGAUUCCGCUCUCCUAGGCAGACCAACCAGAAACCAUUCAUAUAUAUAAUCCCGCGAAGGAAGGAGGAGGAAGGAAGCUGGCGUUGAGUUCCAUCUGAUUUCUUGCAGCGUGGACCGGAUGCGAGAGGCGAGCUCCAAGCUAACAUGUUCGGGGACCGUGGCUUACGCUCACGGCCGCCGGCCGGAAGAGCAGAGCUGACUUGCCAUGGCUGACCCGCUAUGUGGUGGUCCGGACGUGCUGGAUGAAAACCAACCAAAGUGUUUGGCGCACCUAAAUCGACCCUCCUGAGACUAUUUUUUGGUAACAUAUACCCUUGCUUGUCUUUUUUUUGUUGAGUAAAUGAAAAUACGUCAACGGAGCGUCCGUGCAGAUGGAGCGGUGAGUCAUGGCUGCUAAAGAGGAACUAUACGCCAAAGUGACCCCGCGGAGGCAGCGCCAGAAUCGGAUAGGCACCGUCAAACAUGGGUCCACUCUGGACGUACUGCUGUCCAUGGGAUUCCCCAAGACCAGAGCAUUGAAAGCUUUGGUUUCAACAGGAGGGAAAAAUGUCCAAGCAGCUUGUGACUGGCUCUUUUCGCACGUGGACGACCCCUUCCUGGAUGACCCUCUGCCCAGAGAGUAUGUGCUGUAUCUGCGACCCAGUGGGCAACUACUGCAGCAGCUCUCUCACUUCUGGCAGCAGUCUCGUGUCUCCUGCGGCAAAAACAAGGCACACAACAUCUUCCCCCACAUCACUCUCUGCCAGUUCUUCAUGUGUGCUGAUGGGAAGGUGGAGGCCCUGUCCGACGCCCUCCUGUCCACCGUGACCAAGUGGAAAGGCCGUGUCCCCAUGCCCCUGCCCCUGGAGUUGUACACAUCCUCCACAUUUAUCGGCCUCUUCGUGGAUGAGCAGGUUGCAGAGGUGCUGAAGAGUUUUGCGGCGGAUUUUGCCACCGAAGCGGAAACUAAAGCAGAUGUGCAUGUUGAGCCUCACAAGAAACAGCUGCAUGUCACGUUGGCCUACCACUUCCAAGCCAGCCAUCUUCCAAUCUUGGAGAAGUUGGCCAAGAGUGUGGACGUGUCGACAGGCUGCGACUGGCUGGCCGUGCUCUUCUCUAGGGAUAUACGCUUUGCUAAUCACGAAACACUGCAAGUCAUGUACCCCUACGUGCCUCAAAAUGACGACGAGCUCGAGCUGGUGCCUGGAGACUUCAUCUUCAUGGCUCCAAUGGAGCAAAGCAGUGCCAGUGAGGGCUGGGUGUACGGCACUUCGCUGAACACGGGGCUGUCCGGCCUGCUGCCUGAAAACUAUGUCAGUCGCGCUGAUGAAUCGGACACUUGGGUUGUCCAUGGAUCUCAUUCUGUUCUCAACUGUACUGCUGCGUCUAACUCCGGCGGCACCGUUAGUGGAUUACUAUUUGAUGGGCAACACACUGAUAGUCUGCUUGACAGUCUGGUGGAUCCUCCCAGCCUCACUGGCCUCUGUCCUCCCAUACAGGUGACGCGGGCAGCUGGUCAUUCGUCUCUAUCCAGGAUGAGACUGUUUGUGUGUCGACAUGGGGAGAGGAUGGAUGUUGUGUUUGGGAAACAUUGGGUGACUCAGUGCUUUGAUGCUAAAGGUCGAUACGUACGCUCAAAUCUCAACAUGCCGUCCAGCCUGCCAUCCAGAAGUGGGGGUCACCGGGACUAUGACAAAGAUUGUCCAAUUACUGUGUUCGGCUCCACUCAGGCCCGUCUUGUAGGUGAAGCCUUGUUGGAAAGCCACACUACAUUAGACUUUGUUUAUUGCUCUCCCUCACUUCGCUGCGUCCAGACUGCCCAGCACAUUCUGCAGGGUCUCCAACAGGAGGGCAAGACAAAAAUCCGUGUGGAACCCGGACUUUUUGAGUGGACCAAAUGGGUUUCAGGCACAAGUUUACCCACCUGGAUCCCCCCAACAGAGCUUGCUGCUGCAAACCUGGGUGUGGACACAACCUACAGACCUCAUAUUUCCAUUAACAAGCUGGUGGUUUCUGAGUCUUAUGACACGUACAUAAGCCGGAGCUUCCAAGUGACACGGGAAAUCCUGUCAGAGUGCAAAAACCUGGGAAACAAGGUCCUGAUUGUGGCCCAUGCUUCCUCCCUGGAGGCCUGCACUCGCCAGAUACAAGGACUCAGCCCACAAAACUCCAAGGACUUUGUCCAAGUUGUGCGGAAGAUUCCCUACUUGGGAUUUUGUGCUUGCGAAGAAAUGGGCGAGACAGGUGUGUGGCAGCUGGUUGACCCGCCCAUCCUGCCGCUGACACAUGGACCAAAUCAUUGCUUCAACUGGAGGGAAAUGCUAAUGCAAGACUAAAGAACACGCCGCUUCCUUUUACCCUCUGGAACUGCAAAAAUCAAUAUUUAUUUUUUAGCUACACUGCUUCAAUUCAAACCCAAUGACGCCAAAACAACAAGAAAAAAACGAAACAUGUCUGGCUUCCAGGAAAGGCAUCUUGUCAAUGGGGGGGGGGGGGGGGGGGG